AUGAGCUCCUACUGUAGGGGCCAUCUCCUCUCCCUUGUUCCAAUGCAAGAAAGUCAUUUUUCCCUGGAAAAGAUUUUUCCAUACGCUAUCAAGUACUUCAGUAUCUGCGAUUUGACCUCGUCUUGGUGCCUUGAUUCACAGUCGUCGAUCGUGUCCACCGCGUGCAACGGAGCAGCAUCUGUGCGAGGCUUCACUGUAUCUGCGCACAACGACGACAAGCAGCGGUGGAGGUUCUGGUGGAUAUGGAUCGAGCGUAGUGGUGCCACCGGGUUGGAGGGGUUAAUGAUGCUCGUCACGUCGUCGCCAUCAACGUCGCUGCUGCAAGCAAUUGUCAAUCGCGCCACUUCAACUCGCUACUGCUUCAACACGACGUUGGUGAUACUAUUGUUGGUGCAGAUCUGCGGGUUGGUGAUGCGGAUUUUAGAUUUGGCCAACCACCCUUCGAUCGUCACCGAGCCUAUUAAUUCUGUGAUUCAUCCAGUUGCAGAUCACUUUGCAUAUUUUGCCCACUUUGUGAUCCGAUUGCAGCUGUGA